GGCAGAGGGAGAGACAUCGGGGGGAGUAACUGGAACAUGAGACGACAGAUCAGAAAUGUAGAGGAGAUUCAGGUGAAGAGCAGAUAGGGAGAUAGACUGAUAGGGAGGAAGAGAGAGGGAAAAAAAAGUGGCGUAGUGAUUCGUCGGUUUAAAGCGAGUGAAACCACAUGUCGUGUGUGUGUGACGGAGUAGGACGCUGAGAUAAAGACACACAGACACACAUAUGGACAGGAGAAAACCCAGUCGACCCCUGUCCAGCCCAACAGAUGACUCUCUCUGCAUGGCCCUGGAUGCCAUCAGUGUGAGCACAGAGCUCAUUGAAGAGGAACUGAGACCUCACCUCGACACACUGCUGACUGUCACACUGGAGAGACGGAAAGGUGUGGCUGAACAGGUGGUAGACAGUGGGAUUUUGCCUAUUCUGGCUCAGGCUUUGAGGAGACGCUGCAAUCUGACCUCACACACACUCCGGCUGGUGUGUGAACUGGCCAGAGAUGCUCCGGUCAGAGAGAAGUGCUUUGAGGCUGGAGUCGUGUCGGCCCUUCUCACGCUGCUGCUCAGUGAGGAGCCUGACACUAUCCUGCUCUCUACCCGAGCCAUCGGCAGGAUCUGCUACGACAGCCACCUGCAGCAGGAGCGGCUUGUGCGUUUGGGGGCGGUGCCACGGCUGGUGGGGGUGUUACUGCAGUACGGCGAGAGUGAGUCUCUGCUGGCCGCGUCUCUCCUGGCCCUCUGUAAUCUGGCGGACAUGGGAGAUGACGACGGCUCCGGAUUAGUCUGGGAAAGGAGAAGUCGCCUCGGCGCAGCGGAGAAUGUUUUCCAUGGGAUCUCCCAACACUCUUAUGGUUUAACUUCCACACUGACGGUGGUGCGGGUACAGCAGUGGGAUCAGGGACAGUACUCCGUUUCCGUGGAGACACUCCAACGCUUUCCCACCCUGUUGUGGGGGGUGAAGGACGGACAGCGCAACACCAGGCGAUUCCCCCUCCCGCAGCUGGCCGGCUGCCCCCGCUUCUGCAAGAUCAUUAAAUACACGGUGAGGAAUCUCCCCAAAAACAGAAACCUGAAGUCUGCCGUCUUCCACACCCUCCUGUGAAACACACACUUCUGAGGAUGUGAACGUAUGAGCGACGCGUGUGGAUCUGAGACGGCUCGGCCUGCCCCGGGAGCUGCGUUUGGGUCAAACGAAGCUUUGACAGCAGUGUGAGUGGAGGGGAGAGUUUGUUGAUGUGUAAUCCUGGGUCAGAGUGGGUCAUGCUGGGUCUGCUGUGAGGCUGAGUGCAGAAACACACACAGAGCUUCAGAGGCAGUCGUGAAGAUAAGACAGUUUAAGAGGCCUUACUCUAUUGGAUUUUUCCAUCAACUACAGCAGCUUUAUCGGAGCCACUGUUUGGGUUCAGCCCUCUCACCCAGCCUGGAUAAAUCAGCAUGUUGGACUGUCACACAGCCAGGACUGUACACAUACACACACACACACAGACACACACAUGUAUACUCACACAC